AUGAAUGUAAAAAACGUCAAAGAUGAUGAGGUUGACACCUUUUGGAAAAACCAGCUAGCCGAAAUUUCAAAUAUGAGUGUAGAAGAUUUAAGAACCCAUAAUUUACCCAUUUCUAGAAUUAAAAAAAUUAUGAAGGAAGAUGAUGAAAUAAAAAGUAAUCAGAUGGUGUCAGCAGAUACCCCUGUCCUAUUGGCUAAAGCUUGCGAGCUGUUCAUUAUGGAGUUAACUAAUUAUGCGUGGAAGUUCACAGAAGAAAGUAAACGAAGAACACUGCAAAGACAGGACGUGAUUUCCGCUGCUUGCAAAAGAGACAUUUUUGAUUUUUUGAUAGAUUUGAUACCGAUAGAGGAACGGAUAAAAUUCAUUAAUUUAAAUGUCAAGGGAAACUCCAAGAGGAACAACAACGGCAGCAGUAGCAGUGGUAAUGGCAGUGGUGACGGUAGCCAGGGUGGAGGCAAUCAUGGCGGUGGAAACCUCGGAAGCGGUAACCACGGCAGUGACAAUUACGGCAAUGGCAAUUACGGCAAUGACAAUUACGGCAAUGACAAUCACGGCGGUGACAACCACGGCAAUGACAACCACAGAGUCGAUUUCGACACCGUGAAGCAGUACUACAACCUGUAUUCGUCGGCUUGCAACGAUAAGGGCUCCGUGAGCAUGCAGGCGCUCAAUGCGGAGCUUGCCGAAAUGGCGGAACUAGCGGAGAAGGAGUUAAAUGCGGCGAAUGCGGUGACGGCCGCUAACCUGGCAACAGAGAACGGGAUGGGCGCGAACGGGAUGGGCGCGAACGGGAUGGGCGCAAACCGGAUAGCCGCAAACGGGAUAGCCGCAAACGGGAUAACCGCAAACGGGACAAUCGCCAACAUGGCAAACCUGCGCGACGUGGCGCAAGAAUUCGAAGCCAAUUUAAAUGCCUUGUACAAGAGCAACGACCCAGAUAACGCGUCAACGCCGCCACCCAACCACGCUGCCAACAUUGCAAACAACCUGUUCCUCAGUUUUAAUCAAAACAGUCAUUUGACAGAGGAGCACUCCAGCUCCAACAGCAAUCACGGAGGGUGCAUGCACAACACGAAAGGCAGCGACGAGACGCAUCGCAACAGUCUCAAUAGCAGUGGAAACCAGUACACACAAGUAAGCGGAAUAACUAAGUACAACAGCAGAGGCAGUUGCAGUAGUAACAACCAGGGAUCAACAAGUGAGCAUUUCGGGAACAACAGCAUUAAUGCAAACCAUGUCAAUUUCAAAUACUAUUCAUCCCUUAACGAUAAUAUGGCCAGGCAGUCCAAGCAAGAGUAUAUAAACAACAUACUCAACGAGUCAAGCAAUCUCUACCAUGAGAUGCACCAAAAUAUUCCCAUAAGUAGAACAGUGAAUAUACCUAGUACUCUACAGAACAAGGACCUUAACAGUGGAAACAUCCCAUCCUACCAGAAAUUGCAGGAACUGAAAAAUAAAUUCGGAUAUUCUAUGCAGACAGGGAAUAUUCCCAAUGUAUCCAAUGUCUCCAAUAUUUCUAACGUCUCCAAUUUGUCAAUUUUGUCAAACGUUUCUAAUUUGUCUAACUUGUCUAACGUGUCCAACGUAUCUAAUGAUAAUGGCUAUAUUGGUGAUAAUGAAUACAUGGGAAAUAUCCAUUUGAACCCUAAUUUGCACCUCACUUCGUUAUCAUCUUCGUAUAAUGCAAUGCCGUCAACACACCAUGCGAUGGCUCAGUACAACAUGGUGAACAACGACGAUAUGAGGAAGCCAAAGGUCGGUGCGCACAAGCAGGUCCUGCAGGUGCAAAACACUCGGGAUGUAAACACGCGGGAUGUCAACAUGUGGGAUGUACAGCCACAGGAUGCACACCCCAACGGAGUGAGCGCCAACUACCAACGACACCAAUCCGGAAAGAGCGAUGACAAAUCAAGUGACGAUAUGAACCCUCAGCAAAGUUACGUCUACAAUUACCACCACCCUGGAUGUAACAAAAUGGGUCUCAACGUAGUCAGCAGCCAUAUUCUCAAUGGUAACCUCAUGAACAAUAUGCAAAACGUAUGUUUAAACGAUUCAAUCGUUCCAAGAAACAACACCCCUCUGAACCCUGAACCCUCCUGCUCGUCCUCCCUGGAGCAUAGAAAUGCUCAAAACGGUGAACUGCCCAAAAUGAUGGCAACACAAAUGAUAACCAACAGCCAAAUUAACACCUUCGACAAAAAUAGGAACUCAAAAAAAAAUAAUCGCAGCAAACAAGGCAAUAUUCUUUUAAACGAUUGUAACAGUCUCCCAGCAAACCGAACAAAUGACAUGAUGAGUUUAAACAGUAUUCCCACGAAGUCAAAUAUAGAGAUAAAUAAAGACAUGAUAAAUAAUUAUUUCAAAUUGAAUAAUAAUGGCAUUACUGCCACCAGCACCACUACAUCUACCGCCGCCACCACGGCGGCCACCAAUAUCAGCGCUAUUCAGAAUCGCAAAGGUCAUGGGAACCACAGCGCACACAAGGGGAACAGCUCACUUGUGGGUGAUAACCGAAUAAGUGAUGGUCUGCUACACGAAGGGUUACUCACCGAGGGAUUGCUCAGUGAUGGGCUUCUCAGCGAGGGGUUACUCAGCGAGGGGAUGCUUAACGAUGGGGCGCUCAACGAUGGGACGCUCAACGAUGGGAUGCUUAACGAUGGAAUGCUUAACGAUGGAAUGCUUAACGAUGGAUUGCUUAACGAUGGGAUGCUUAACGAGGAGCUGCUCAACGAGGGAGUGCGCAACGAAGACCUGAUGAGCGAAGACUUGCUCAACGAAGAUAUGAUCAACGAUGGACAUAUAAAUAGCGGCCGCCUGAAGAACAGCAUGUUGAACAGCGCCCACCGAAUGGCCGACCAAUUCAGUGGACAGCUGAACAUCCAACCAAACAGCAACAUGAGUGCACCCAUGAACAAACAGAUAAAUGCCAGAAUGGCCGAAAACGGAUUGAACGAAAUUUUAAAUAACUCAGAAAAUACAGUGGCAAAAAAUACCGCCAUAAAUAUGAUUAAUCAAAAUAUAGACAACAGCGUCUCACAUAACCAUUUAAGUAACAUCGUGCCAAACAUGAAACCCACUGCUCAACAAAACGUGAAGCUAAAUGUGCACUCCAAAAUGUACGUGAACCCUAAUGCUCAGGGCGUUUCUUCUUAUCAGCCGACUCACCAAUACUCUGCGCAAGAAAAAAAUUAUGCUUGUAAUUAUAACCCGCAGCAAUAUCACAGCAACAAGGUGAAGGAAAAAACGCACUCCUUUUUGUAA